AUGUCCGGCGCCGAGCUAAUUGGAAUUAUUUCAGGCAUCAUCUCGAUAGUGGAUGCCUCGCUGAAAAUUUACGAAGCCGUCGAGGAUGCCUCAGGCCUACCACGAUGCUUCCGCAAUGUGGCUGCACGCCUCCCCACCGUCCAAGAUACAUUGGAAAUAGCGAGAGAGACCUUGGAAGAAGAAGAAAAGGAGGGUAAUGAAGAAUUAUCGAGGGUAAAAUCGCGCGACGCCUUGGUCAAGAUUCUUGAGAGCUGUUAUGACAAAGCGACUGUGCUCAACAAGACUCUACACACUAUAAUGCCUACACAAGGGGCAUCCAAAGCAAGGCGCUGUGUGAAAGCGAUCAAGAUGUUCCCUGCCGCCGAAAAAAUCGAGAGCCUAAUGAAUGGCAUCCUAAACGAUGUACACGUGCUGGCUGCGAACCACUCGGUGAAAUCAGCCACUCGGACCCAGGUUAAUGAUCUUACCGACAUGAUAAGGAACACGACAGUUGAGAAACGAGAACCCAUAUACUUUGGCCGCCGCACGACUGUGACAUUUUACAAUACCGGCAGGGGAUCCCAGUUCGUCCAUGAGGGACAAGGCGAUCAGAACAUCUCAAUGGGAACAGGGGUACAGUUCAACGGACCAUCAACAGCACCCAUAUAUAUCACAGUGACAGGCAUAUGA